AUGGCGACAACCUUCGCUGCGCAGCUGCGCUCCAUCGCUCAGAAUUCGACCAAUACACUAGAUCUUCGAGCACGGCGCGAUGCCCAUGGCGAGUCCCUGAUAUUCGAGAAGUCAGUUGCUGUCAAGCAAGACUGGGACACUAUCUACCAAAUCUGCGUUGAGGGAUUUCAAGAGCUGUGUCUUUUGGAUUCGAGACUGGAAGAAUUCAACCAGAACCUCUUCAGCCCAUACGCAAAAGCCCAAGAUCGAGACCAACUCAGCAGAAAACAGAACGAGGCUCUCGGUGUGGUAAUAGAAAAAUGUCUGGCUCUUAUUGGCGGCAAACUUCUCCUCCGCCCUGGAGUCAAAGCCGUGGAAUGGCUUGUGAGGCGAUUUCGGGUACACUUCUACAACACUGGGCCCUUGCUCUCGACAUUUCUUCCUUAUCACGAAAGUCCAGUAUUCCGGAAUGUCUUGAGUAUUAUUCCCGCAGACAAAAUUACAAAUGAGUGGAAGUUCUUGGGUCCAUAUCACAAGAUCACCGCCAGUGUGCCACGGCAUGCCAUUGUAUACAACGCCACUCACAACGAAGCAUUUUUCUCAAAUUUCAACGGAUAUGUUAUUCGCGCAUGUCAAGAAGGAGCAGGACACACUUUACUUCUUCGAUUUUGGGGUAGCAUGACCGUCGAGGCAAUUACAGGACGAUUAAAUCAAGCCAAGAGUGGCCGAAGAGAAGUUCAGAAGCAGCGACAGGAAGAUAUCUUACUGAAAGUUCUUCCUCUUUUGAUCGAUGGCUUCGAGAUUCAAGACUGUCGCGAGUUGACGAUCACCUGUUUCACUAUCGCUAUUGUUUUGGCCAACAGCGCAGACCUGGAAGAUUCCGUAAUUGAUUCUCUCAUGGGUGCCGUGGCUCCGUUUCUCAAUACUUCCGAAGAGGAGUCCCACUCUGCUCUCACAUGUCUAGCCAUCAUCAUUCCACAGAGGUCGAUUCAGCGAGUUUCGAAACAAGUUCUUCAGGCUGCGAUGAAAACAAAGGAUCUUGAUGUGAAACUUUUCCAAUUACACUCCCAAGUUCCUGUGCACGAUCUGCUCGAGGCUUUGCUAGCUUCUUCACUACUGGCCCUCAAGAAGAGAGCCAAUGAAGCGAAAAUCUCAUUCACAAGUUCUCUACUAAAAUUAUCACCUCAGAUUUUGAACCCGAGUGCGAUCAGCAAAUUGAUUGCCUUGUUGCUUCAUCAGGUACAGCAGGCUGAUGCAUCUGAAGAAUUAGCAUCCAAUGUUCGAGUAAGAUUGAUCGAGAUGUUACAGACGUUGAACACCAUGCCGAAUCUUUCAGAAUGCUUUUCUCAAGCCGCUUCACUGGCUGGAAAAUCUCUAUUAGAGGUCGAGGGCAUUAUGGGAGAGAUUGUAAAAGCUCCCGUUCAGCCCAUGCUUUUGGAUGCAGAUACUAUGGAGCUUGAAUCGGAUCAUCUUCCCGAAAAGUCACAGACUAAGAUAAACACCGUCUUAGGUGAUCUUCCAACGCAACCAGGUGAAGAAUCCUUCUUUGAGCCGAGAAGUUCUCACUAUGCACAAUUUGCUCAGGCUUUCAGAACCUGUAGCAGAAGCACUGCUCAUUUGAAAUUAUUCGAAGAACUCCCUCUCUGGGAAAAUGAGGAGACUCAAUUUCAUCAUCUUUAUGAGAGCUUUGUUCUUAGACUUGCCUCAAGCGCUUCUGAUGCAUCAGAUCGUGCUAUUGCAAUAUCCAGCAUCAUAAAGCGAGUUGAGAGCUAUUCUCACGCGACGUGUCAGUUUCUCCUUCCCCAUCUGACCGUUUUGCUCUCAGAUUCUGCACAUAUCGUUAGGCGAGCUACUGCGACAGUCAUGGCAACCCUACAGCAACACCUUGGUGAGGAUCAUCUGGAAGGGUCAUCUGAACGCAGUGAAGAUGCGGAAGUUCACGAUGCGAUGGCACUUCCCAAAACUAAGCGAGUACCUUCCAGAAAUCUCGCAAAAAUUAUUCAGCAAGCAUACGUCCCUGCUCUGGAAGAGUGCAUCCUCGAUUCCAUGCACGUCAGCAGAAUUCUGCACAUUGCACUUGACAGUACUCCACCUUCGGUUUCUAACGGGAUCAAUGUCAAUAUAGAACUCAAAAAGCAGUUACGACACAACUUAUUCGACCUUCUGACCACGUAUGCAGUUGCAUGCCCGUUGUGGAAGAUCCGAAUAUCCACCGUGGAGUUACUUGAUGGCGUCCAGAAGGUGGGAAAUACUGCCACCAGUAAGGUCCUUUCACCAAUUCUCAACGCAUGGGCUGCCUAUUCGGAAGCUGAAGCCACAGAAAUUGUCAACUCGGAAGGCCUCUCGGUAUCCAAAGUCGAUCAGACUCUGGUUCGAUUGGUCAAUGCGCAAGAUGCAGAAGCAGUAGAACGUUUUCUCGUGAUGCUUGAUGAUAAGCACACGCACAUUCGACCUGCCCUUGUAGAUGCCUUCUUCGAUCGUGUCGGGGCGAUCUGGCCAGAUAUGCGCUCUAGUGCUCAGGUUGCGGCUACGACUCGACUUUUUGAAAUGUCCUUCACCAAGGAUACCCUCCUUGCAAGAGGCAGUCGCAAAGUCUUACAAUCUAGCUCUCUGAAAACUCCUGUGCUAGCCACAAUUCUUGAGCACGCUCUUGUUGGUUUGACGCAGAUGCAACCAGAAGGACCACCCAAAAAGAGGAUUAGAACGAGUCACAGCAGAGAAAGUAUGUCGAAAGACCUUGUGCUCGAUUUCGACCCGGCAGUUUCGAGGUUGACUUUUGCCCUGGAGAUUGUGGACAGUUCCAAGCCAGAAACUCAUCCUGAGUUACUCCCUUAUCUUUUUGAUCUUCUUCUCACGCUGAGGCGUCUCAAAGAGAAGACUACUUCAGAGUCACCAUAUCUCCUUACCCUCUGCCUCAGCAGCAUCUUGGCCAUUGUCAAUCAAGCUCUCACUACACGGAAGUCAGUGAUCGACUUGUCUAGUAUUCGUGCUGAUCUGGUCAUCGAGUGCGUUCGAUCGUCCGACAGUCCCCAGGUUCAGACAACGGCACUGCUACUUGCCGCAUCAUUGGCUUCUGUGGCGCCCGAUCGGAUCUUGCACAAUAUCAUGCCCAUCUUCACUUUCAUGGGUAAUAGCCUCUUUUCGCAGGAGGAUGAACGUUCAGUCUACGUCACCAACCAAGCAAUCGAUCAAAUCAUUCCUCCAUUAGUAAGAACAUUGCAGAAGCAAGAUGCAAAGAACUUGAUCAGCGCAACCUCAAGCUUGCUCUCCAGUUUUGUAACUGCUUACAGCCAUGUGCCUCAUCACAGACGUGUCGCAUUCUACCAUCGAUUGCUGGCCCGACUGGGUGUGGAUGACUUUGCAUUUGCUGUCAUUUCGUUACUUGCGACUUCCCAUCAGCCAUAUAAUGAUUUGCCAGAGUUCUUCGCUACUCUCAUGGGUGGUUCCGCAGCUCCCACCCAGCUUCUUACCUAUAGAAAAAUCAUGGAUUUAUCGCAGGAUUUGUUCGCCGCUAAACCGCACAAUGCUGAGUCUUUGCUGAAUGUGGCAGCCAAAUCCAAAACAGAAAGGGGGUCUAUUGCGCAGAUCUUGUUUGCAACUGCUGCCAAUCUGCUCAAAUCAACAAGUCUGAAAGCACAGGCACGGCGACUCAGCAAAUUCGGGAAGACCAUGUCUGAGCAAUUCCAAGAAGAAUACAAGGCUUGCAUUCGACAGGUUUUAGCACUUAUGCAGGACCAGAAAGCUGACCACCCAGAACUUGUAUCGCCUACAAGGAACUGUCUGAGUGCUCUGCUCGAGCUACCUUCUUUGGCAGAAUUUUUGAACACUGUGCCCGGGCUUCUUCAAGAACUCGAACAAUCUGGUGAUCAAGAACUUCAAGUGCUAGCUCUUAGAGUACUAGCCAGUCAGCUUCAACACAAUGCGGCCAAAGAUUCAAAGACAAACUCUGAAGCGACUGGAUUCCUUCCCACACUGAUGACGAUCAUAAAGACCUCGGGCAACGAAAAUUAUCGACACGCAGCGAUUGUAUGUCUCGACAGGAUAGUGGACGUCUAUGGUCGUAAGAACCCAGACUCAAUCCUCGAAGUGGCCAAUGUUCUUGUGCAAGGAGACCAUGGCAUCAGUUCUAAUGAUGCCAGAACUCAAGUGAUGGCCGUCCUUUGCCUAGCUUCGAUGAUGGAGGUUUUGAAAGAGACAGCCAUUCCGAUCAUUCCACCUUCCAUGUCCAAAGUGCUCGAUAUCCUGAGAACCAGUACUGGAGGCAGUAGCCGCAACACAGAGUUACACAGUGCAGCUUUUGCAUUGCUGUCGGCAUUCGUCUCACAUGUGCCAUUCAUGAUAUCGGACGAGCAUGUUGUCGAGAUCAUCAGGUUCUCGUACGAGUCUGCUAGGGCAAAAUUGGAUGUUUCAUGUACCGAGUCAAGAAAAGAGACUCUAUCUCUGAUUGCACACAAGUUGGAUCUUGAUAUCGUGACAAAUGGCCUCCUACUGGCGCUUCAAGAGGUAAUUUCUAGCUCAGUCAUGGAUGCCGAUGCCAUCUCCGAGCUACUUAUUUUCAUACACCAAACUAUAGAACGGUCCUCGAAGUCCUCAGUUGUGAAAUCUUCGGAUUUGAUAUCGACGUUAGUUCUACGAAUAUUGGAUCUCCGUCGUCUCGCACAGGUCGCUGAAAGUCCAAACAACACCGAAGAAGACAAAAGACAUCUUACAGAUGAGGAUAUCCUCACUGUCGAAUCAAGACUACAUACCCUUGUCAUUUCCUUCAUCUACAAACUCAAUGACACAACCUUCCGGCCCGUUUUUGAGAGUUGGAUCGACUGGGCGAUAAAAGGGGUAGAUCUAUCAGAGGUGGAAGAUUAUCACUCCAACUCAGCUUCAAAACUGGCCCGUACCACCAGUUUAUUCAACCUCCUCACUCAUUUCUUUAACGCCCUCAAGAGUAUUGUCACAAGCUACACUUCAUACAUCCUCGAGCCAGCGAACCAAGUACUGUUGGAAACGUUAAACUCGAUCACUGAAACCUCAACUUCUCACAACACAAUACCACUCUAUUCAUCAACACUUACACUCCUCUCGACAACCCUCGCCCACGAUGCCGAUGGCUUCUUCACCUCCCCCUCGCACUUCACGCCAUUAUGCACCAAUCUCGUCUCCCAACUAACACUCCUCAGCACAAAAACAAAAAGCAAAUCCCUGCGCAAGAUAAUCGAAGCAUCGGUACCAAGCACGCUGAUUGCGCUGGCGACCGCCACGAUCGACACGCCGGCGCACCACCACGCACUGAAUCACCAACUCUGCCAGCUGCGCCACAACGACUCGGCCGCCGUGCGUCUCGCGGCUAUUCGCCUACAGAUCGCGCUGACGGAGGACGAAGAGGUCGGCGACGAAUGGGUCAACAACGUCGUCGUCGGUACCGCGACGGAGGGUGUGGGCGGCAGUGGCGAGACCAUGGUCUACGUCAACGAGAGUCUCGAGGACGAUGACGAGGCUGUCGAGGCCGAGGUGCGCAAGUGGGUCCGCAUAGUCAGGGAGAGGGUCGGCGAGGAUGUCUUUGAGGUGUGA